AACCAUAAUUUACAACAAAUCUCUAUUGGAUAUUGGCAUUCCAAUUUGUAUUUCUUUAAUCAUUUUAUUCUCUCCUCUUUCACUACUCGCCAUAAUCCACCCACCAAAACUUUUGUAGUUGUAAGAAACAUGAUGAUAAGCUCCCGGGCCAUCGCGGCUUUUGUAAUUGUAAAUUUUAAUCCUUCAUCAACUUAAAUUCUCCUCUUUCCUUCACCACUACAAGAAGAUAUAUCCUUCUUCUUCUUUGGAUAUUUAUUCGUAUUAAUUAAUUACUACAACCAUCCAUGGAAGAGGUCUACCUCUACGGUGGCCACUCCUACUCUGAACCGGCCGAAAAUAUGGAUAUGGUGACUUCAUCCGACUACGGCACUACUUUUCCAACUCCAGCAGCGGGUCUUGAGGAGAUUGCUUUUGGGUCUUGCGCUUCGGGCGUACCGGAUGCCGAUUGGGUGGAGGCGUCUGGUGCAGUUAGGGCUAAGAUCGCUUCUCAUUCUCUUUAUCCUAAACUCCUUCAAGCCUAUAUCGAUUGCCAAAAGGUGGGGGCGCCGCCGGAGGUUGCUAAGAGGUUGGAUGAAAUCGGAGGAGAAAGUGACACUCAUGACGUUCGCAAAAGAACCGCCACCGCCGCUUCUCCUAGCUUCGACGUCGAUCCUGAGCUCGACCACUUUAUGGAAACUUACUGUGAUAUACUGCGGAAGUUCAAAUCGGAUCUCUCCAGGCCUUUCGAUGAAGCUAUGGUGUUUCUGGACAGUAUGAGAACGCAGCUGAGCCAUCUCUGCCACGGCGGCGCUGCGGAAACCUGCACCUCCGGUAGAUAUAUAUCACUACUUUUUCUCUCUAGCUAGGAUAGUUAUCGUAAUUUUCGAUUUGUUUUAUGCAGUUUGUUGGUUUCUGUGAUUAAUUGAUGAAUGAAUUCUUUUAAAAUUU